UCCCAGAAAGCCACCCUACUGGACCGCCCAGAAAGUUCUGGACGGGAUCAGGCAGCUACAAAUGACCGGAAGUGGAACUUGCCCGCUUGCACCUCUCGGCCCCGGAUCCGGGGUCCUGCCGCAGCGAUCCAGGCCGGCCCUGCGUGGCCGCAGGUCCUCGCACCCAUGAGCCGCGAGCAGGAUAAACUAACCAGCAAAGAAAAAUCCAAGACACCAGUGAGAUUCCGACCACAGUUGCCCGUGGAAAAACCAGCCGGCAAAGAAAAGGCCAAGCUGCCAUCAAGAGUUUUACCACAGUUAACUUUGACAGGACCUAAGCCUCAGUGGCAGCAGACCGCUCCAUCAUUCCAUUUAAAUGCCAAACAGGAUACCCACAUUCCAGAGCCCUAUACUAUUAAAAAUGACCAGUCAUAUGCUGAAUACAUAGAGCACUUUGGGAAAAAAGGGAAAUUACUGACACAGACUGAAGACAGCCGUGCUGGACCAUCGACUUCCAGGCCAUCGACUUCCAGGCCAAAGGUCAAAUCUCCACAUAAGGAGCGAGAGAACUUUAGAAGCACCCUCGUCAACGUCAUUAUGCAACAAGAUGGUUCUGCUGUUGAGAGCAUGAUUUCAAAAACGGCUGCUUCUGCAGUAGAGAAAGACAUCUUGAAAUAUUACUACUACAUUCAUCAUGGGAUUGAUACUGAUCAUGUGGCCCCAAUGGAAGAUUCUUGGUUGGAGCACGUAUUGAAUUUGGUUCCACAACAUCUGAAAGUCCUCACCAACAGUGUAACAGUCUUGUCAGAUGAAAUGAGAGAAGAUUAUCUUCUCAGUGUGAAGAAAUCCAUAGUUGAUUUUGUUUUAAAAGACCCCAGAGAAAAAGAGGAUGAUAGCAAGACAACUGAUCCCCCACCGCACCGCAAAGAAAUGGAAGUCUUGCCAAAGCCGUGGAGGAGGUCUUUCCUGUCUGCACGUAGUUACAUUAGGGAGCACCUGCAUGCGAUGAACCCCACGAUGCUGGCCGUGCUGGAUCUGUGGCACAGCACUUUUAAGAAAUUACGUUUAGUUGACAUAGAAGAAUUUCACAACCGCCAGGAAGCGUUAGAGCUGUCAGCCUUUCAGAACAUUGUCAUUAGACACAUGGACUCUGCCAAGGAGACGCUACUUAAAACGUGGUUUCCAGAAGUGCAGAAUAUUUAUUACCAAGGCAAUAAAAAAAAGCAAUUGCCAACUGGUGACAGCAGUGCCAAAUUGGACUCUUUUUUCAACUGUGCUGCUACACUCAUGACCUUACAGCUACAGGACCUGGCUCUGGUCUCCAUGCAAGACUUCACAGACCUCAUCGCCCAACCCCCAGACUCUGUUAGAGCUUUUGAACAUCCAGGUUUCAUCAUGAGGCUGAUUCUUGAUAAUAACAGCAUUAAGUUUGAGCCUGAAUUUAAUGACUACAUAGAUAUCUUUGUAAAUGUUUAUGAAGUCAUGAUUAAGGCUGUCAGCUAUGUGCCAAGAGUUGAGACAAAAUUGUAUUCCAAGUGGGAAAGUAAAUCUAAACCAACAACCUUGAAGCCCAUAAUUCUGCGGGAAAUUAUAGACGCUCAUAAAGAAAAGAUUAAGGAGGUGGUGUUACAAGAGAGCGUGGCGCCCACGGAGCACCUCAAGCUGUACGACAAGUAUCAGUUCUUGGUUACCAAAAAAGCCGAGCACGACGUUGACAACUUCCUGUUACAGACUCAGAGCUAUGAGAAACUAAUAGAGGAAAUUCGCUAUUACCAGAAACUAAUGGAAGAAAUUCAGUAUACGUCUCAAAAGACUGUCCGCUUGGGAAUGUUUGAAAUGCACUGUGAGGAACUGAUCAGAGCUUUGGUGAAGCGGGCAGAUGUCAUCUGUGGGAGACUCAUAGCCAAGAUGUUCCGUGAUCACCAGGAAGUAAAUACAAGACUGUGUGACGAGUUUGAGAAGAUAGCUGAAAAAGCUCUGAGCACACCUCCAAACACAGCUGAGCUCAUGGAGAUGAAGGCUUACAUUCAGAAAGUGGAGUCAACUGAGAUGAUGGAGCUGGAACAGAGAUUAGUGGAUUCUAAGAACUGCCUGGCCUUCCUCAUUGAGUGCAUCAACUUUUCUCCUGCAGACAUUAGACUAAAUAACAGUGUUUUCCAGUGGUAUGCCAGAAUGGGAGAAAUUUUUGAAGAGCAUAGGAAAAUCAUCAAAGAUAAAACAGAACAGUAUCAAGAAGGCCUUAAGUUGCGGUGUGAGCGGUUUCUGGAGGAAUUGGAGAGUUACGCUAAACAAGCCGAGGAAUUUUAUACAUUUGGAGACCUGCAGGAUGUACAGCGGUACCUGAAAAAGGCCCAGGUGCUGAACAGCAAGUUGGAUGCAGCAGCAGACAAGAUUGAGCAGUUUAACGCAGAAGAGGAGGCAUUUGGAUGGCUCCCAUCAAUAUAUCCUCAACGUAAAAAAAUCCAAGAUGGUUUGAACCCUUAUCUCCGUCUGUAUGAAACUGCCGUGGAGUUUAGUAACAAAUACAGAGGGUGGACAGAGGGACCAUAUCACAAGGUGAACCCGGACCAAGUGGAAGUGGAUGUUGGGAAUUACUGGAGAGGACUCUAUAAGCUGGAGAAGACCUUCCACGAUUCUCCAAAUGCACUGGCAAUAACAAAGAAAGUAAGAGCGAGGGUGGAAGAGUUCAAAGAGUACAUUCCCCUCAUCCAGGUGAUCUGUAACCCCGGCUUGCGCCCCAGGCACUGGGAGGCCAUGUCCAAUAUCGUUGGCUUCCCCAUGCAGCCGUCCGAUGACUCCACAGUCUUCUCUUUCAUAGACAUGAGUCUGGAGCCCUAUUUAGACAAAUUUGAAAGCAUUAGCGAAUCAGCUAGCAAAGAAUAUUCUCUUGAGAAGUCCAUGGAGAAGAUGAUGGCCGAAUGGGAUGCAAUGGAAUUUGUCAUUCAUCCUUACAGAGAGAGUGGGACAUAUAUUUUGUCAUCGGUCGAUGAAAUCCAAAUGUUGCUGGAUGACCAUAUUGUCAAAACACAAACUAUGCGAGGAUCUCCUUUCAUCAAGCCUUAUGAAAAGCAGAUGAGGGAAUGGGAAGGCAAGCUGCUGCUCCUGCAGGAGAUCCUCGAUGAGUGGCUCAAGGUCCAAGCCACCUGGCUCUAUCUGGAGCCCAUUUUCAGCUCUCCCGACAUCAUGUCUCAAAUGCCAGAGGAAAGCCGGCGAUUUACAAAUGUGGAUAAAACAUGGAGAGAUGUGAUGAAAACUGUUAUACAAAAUAAGCACGCCCUGGCAGUUGUGACUAUUGAGAAAAUGCUGGAGAGGCUGAAAAAGUCCAAUGAACUCCUGGAGCUCAUCCUUAAAGGGCUGAAUGAGUACUUGGAAAAGAAGCGCCUCUUCUUCCCCCGGUUCUUCUUCCUGUCUAACGACGAGCUUCUUGAGAUUCUGUCUGAGACUAAGGACCCCACCCGAGUGCAGCCUCACCUGAAGAAAUGCUUUGAAGGAAUUGCAAAGGUCGAAUUUACAGAAACUUUAGAAAUCACACAUAUGAAGAGUAGUGAAGGAGAAGUCGUGGAACUCAUAGAAACCAUUUCAACAGCCAAAGCCAGGGGUCAAGUGGAGAAGUGGCUGCUUGAGUUAGAAAGGGUUAUGAUUAAGUCCCUCCACAAGGUGAUUGGAGAUGCAAUUGCUGCCUAUACAAAAAAUGAACGAAUUAAUUGGGUAAGAGAUUGGCCUGGGCAGACUGUUCUCUGCGUAUCCCAAACCUUUUGGACAUUAGAAGUCCAAGGCUCAAUGGCAAAGGGGCAAGAGGCCCUUGAGCAAUACUUGGAGAAAUGUAAUCAUCAAAUUGAUGACAUUGUCACGUUGGUCCGUGGCAAAUUGUCCAAGCAGAACCGUGUUACCCUGGGAGCCCUUGUGGUAUUGGACGUUCAUGCUAGAGAUGUCCUUGCAAACCUUGUAAAGAAAAAAAUCAGCGAUGACAGCGACUUCGAGUGGUUAAGUCAGCUUAGGUACUACUGGCAAGAAAAUCAGUUAGAAACAAAGAUGAUCAAUGCUGGUUUGCGAUACGGCUAUGAAUAUCUGGGCAAUUCCCCUAGACUAGUUAUAACCCCACUCACAGACCGCUGCUACAGGACCUUAUUUGGAGCCCUUCACCUGCACCUUGGAGGAGCACCUGAGGGUCCAGCUGGCACUGGAAAGACAGAAACCACCAAGGAUUUAGCAAAAGCUGUGGCCAAACAGUGUGUCGUUUUCAACUGCUCCGAUGGGCUGGAUUAUUUGGCUUUAGGAAAGUUCUUUAAGGGACUGUUAUCUUGUGGAGCCUGGGCUUGCUUUGAUGAGUUUAACAGAAUUGAUUUGGAAGUACUUUCUGUGGUUGCUCAACAAAUCCUUACUAUCCAAAGAGGUAUUAACGCAGGCACUGAGCUUCUGGUGUUUGAAGGGACAGAGCUAAAACUUGACCCCACGUGCGCGGUCUUUAUAACAAUGAACCCUGGCUAUGCCGGGCGGUCAGAGCUGCCGGACAAUCUGAAGGCUCUCUUUCGGACAGUGGCAAUGAUGGUCCCUGACUAUGCCAUGAUCGCAGAGAUCGUUCUGUAUUCCUGUGGCUUUGUCACUGCUCGGCCGCUGUCGGUCAAAAUCGUGGCUACAUACCGCUUGUGCUCAGAGCAACUGUCCUCCCAGCACCACUAUGACUACGGGAUGCGGGCCGUGAAGUCCGUGCUUACAGCUGCCGGCAAUCUGAAGCUGAAAUAUCCAAAUGAGAAUGAAGAAAUAUUGCUACUUAGAUCUAUUAUUGAUGUAAAUCUGCCGAAGUUUUUAUCCCAUGAUUUGCCACUCUUUGAGGGAAUUACUUCGGAUUUGUUUCCUGGGGUGAAACUACCGAAGCCAGAUUACAAUGACCUGCUGGCAGCCAUCAAAGACAACUGCAUGUCUAUGAAUUUGCAAAUGACCGACUUCUUCUCCGAGAAGAUCCUUCAGAUCUACGAGAUGAUGAUCGUGCGCCAUGGCUUCAUGAUUGUUGGAGAGCCAUUUGGUGGGAAGACCAGUGCGUAUCGUGUUCUAGCAGGAGCAUUAAAUGACAUCUGUGAAAAGGGACUCAUGGAAGAAAACAAGGUGCAAAUAACUGUCUUGAACCCCAAGUCUGUCACCAUGGGCCAGCUGUAUGGGCAGUUUGACCUGGUAUCUCAUGAGUGGUCUGACGGGGUCCUGGCUGUCAGCUUCAGAGCGUUCGCGGCUUCCUCGACUCCAGACAGGAAGUGGCUCAUCUUUGAUGGGCCGGUUGAUGCUGUGUGGAUUGAGAACAUGAACACUGUGCUGGAUGACAACAAGAAGCUCUGUCUGAUGAGUGGGGAGAUUAUCCAAAUGUCACCACAAAUGAACCUGAUUUUUGAACCGAUGGAUCUGGAAGUCGCUUCUCCUGCCACUGUUUCCCGGUGUGGCAUGAUCUACAUGGAGCCCCAAAUGCUGGGCUGGAGGCCAUUGAUGAUGUCUUGGUUAAACACUUUGCCACAGUCCAUCACUGUUAUUCAGAAAGAGUUUAUAGAAGGCUUGUUUGACAGAAUGGUCCCCGUUUCUGUUGAAUUCAUUAGAAGGCAUACAAAGGAGCUCUCUCCUACUUCAGAUACAAACUUAGUUCGAUCCUUAAUGAAUCUCAUAGACUGUUUUAUUGAUGACUUUGGCGAUGAGAACAAACAAAAAGAAAGAAGUGAUAGAGAAUCUUUCUCUUUGAUUGAGGGCAUUUUUCUGUUUUCAUUGAUCUGGUCUAUCGGUGCAUCUUGUACAGCUGAUGACCGUCUGAAAUUCAGUAAGAUUCUCCGAGAGCUAAUGGAAGGACCAAUUACAGACCUAACUCGAAAUAAAUAUAAAUUGCUGAGUGGUCUUGAUCCAACAUCCACAAAGACAUUAACAGUGCCAUUUCCAGAUAAGGCAACAAUUUAUGAUUAUCAGUUUGUCCCGGAGGGCUUAGGAAGAUGGGAACAAUGGAUAAAGAAAUUAGAAGAUGCUCCCCCAAUUCCCAAAGAUGUACAGUUUAAUGAGAUCAUCGUGCCAACUCUAGACACAGUCCGUUACUCUGCACUCAUGAACUUACUGACCACCCACGAGAAGCCUUCAAUAUUUGUGGGACCAACAGGGACUGGCAAGAGUGUUUACAUCAUUAAUUUUCUUUUGAAUCAACUCAAUAAGGAUAUCUACAAACCUCUGAUAGUUAACUUCUCAGCCCAAACUACAGCUGCCCAGACUCAGAACAUCAUCAUGUCGAAAUUGGACAAAAGAAGGAAAGGAGUGUUUGGCCCUCCUUUAGGCAAGAAAAUGGUUGUCUUUGUAGACGAUGUCAAUAUGCCUGCUCGGGAGGUCUACGGGGCGCAGCCUCCCAUUGAGCUACUGAGGCAGUGGCUAGAUCACUGGAAUUGGUAUGACCUCAAAGACUGCUCUGUGAUCAAGCUAGUGGACAUCCAGAUCAUGUGUGCCAUGGGCCCCCCAGGUGGUGGCCGAAAUCCAAUAACUCCUCGCUACAUGAGACAUUUCAAUAUUGUAACCAUCAACGAGUUUAGUGACAAGUCCAUGUUCACCAUCUUCUCCAGAAUCUUGACGUGGCAUUUAAGGACCUGUUAUAACUUUCCAGAUGAUUUCCUAGAUUUGACCACACAAAUUGUGAAUGGCACAAUGACUCUGUACAAAGACGCCAUGAAGAACCUCCUGCCUACCCCGGCAAAGUCUCAUUACCUGUUCAACCUUCGAGAUUUCUCCCGAGUCAUUCAAGGUGUUUGCUUGUCAAGGCCAGAAACUGCAGAAAACAAGGAGGCAAUGAAACGCCUGUGGGUUCAUGAGGUCCUCAGAGUGUAUUAUGAUCGCCUUCUGGAUAACGCUGACAGAGGCUGGCUUAUUAACUACAUACAAGAAAUUCUGAGAAAUUACAUGCAGGAAGAUUUUCAUGAUCUAUUUGUUAGAUUGGAUUUCGAUAACGAUGGCAUCGUGGAAGAAGAUGAUUUGAGAAGUUUAAUGUUCUGUGAUUUCCACGAUCCUAGGAGGGAAGAUUUCAGCUAUAGGGAAAUUGCAGAUGUGGAUUUUCUUCGGGUAAUCGUAGAAGGCCAUCUAGAGGAGUACAACAACAUGAGCAAAAAACCCAUGAACCUGGUCUUAUUUCGAUUUGCCAUAGAACACAUAAGCAGAAUUUCUCGGAUCUUAAAGCAGCCGCGGAGCCACGCCCUCCUCGUGGGCGUCGGUGGGAGUGGAAGGCAGUCUGUCACCAGACUGGCAGCCCACAUGUCUGAUUACGCAGUUUUCCAGGUGGAAAUCUCCAAGGGCUACGGUAGCAAUGAAUGGCAUGAAGAUUUGAAAGUGAUCUUAAGGAAAUGUGCAGAAAGCGACAUGCACGCGGUCUUCCUGUUCACAGACACACAAAUUAAGAGAGAGUCUUUUCUUGAAGAUGUCAACAAUCUCCUAAAUGCCGGGGAGGUUCCCAAUCUCUUUGCUCUAGAUGAGAAGCAAGAGAUAUGUGAAAAGAUGCGUCAGCUGGAUCGCCAACGGGAUAAAACCAAGCAAACAGACGGGAGCCCCAUAGCUCUUUUCAACAUGUUUAUUGAUCGCUGCCGCAACCAGCUACACGUGGUCCUGGCCAUGAGUCCCAUCGGAGACGCGUUUCGGAUUCGUCUGAGGAAAUUCCCUGCCCUUGUUAACUGCUGCACCAUUGACUGGUUUCAGUCCUGGCCAGAAGAUGCACUGGAAGCAGUUGCUUCACGGUUCCUGGAAGAAAUUGAAAUGGCAGAGGAAAUCCGGGAUGGCUGCAUUGAAAUGUGUAAAAGCUUCCACACCUCCACCAUCAACCUGUCAACAUCCUUCUAUAACGAACUUCAGAGAUAUAAUUAUGUGACACCCACCUCUUAUCUGGAGUUGAUCUCUACCUUCAAACUGUUGUUGGAAAAGAAAAGAAAUGAAGUGAUGAAAAUGAAGAAGAGGUAUGAAGUGGGUCUGGAUAAACUGGACUCGGCCUCGUCUCAGGUGGCCACCAUGCAGAGCGAGCUUGGGGCUCUGCACCCUCAGCUGAAAGUUGCCAGCAGAGAGGUUGACGAAAUGAUGGUGAUCAUCGAGAGGGAGUCCAUGGAGGUUGCCAAGACUGAGAAGAUCGUGAAAGCUGAUGAAACAGUAGCGAAUGAACAAGCCAUGGCUGCCAAAGCCAUCAAAGACGAGUGUGACGCCGAUUUGGCCGGAGCCCUGCCCAUCCUGGAGUCUGCACUGGCUGCCCUGGACACCCUGACCGCGCAGGAUAUCACUGUUGUAAAGUCCAUGAAGAGUCCUCCUGCUGGCGUCAAGCUUGUCAUGGAAGCUAUCUGCAUCUUGAAAGGCAUCAAAGCUGACAAAAUCCCUGACCCAACAGGUUCAGGGAAGAAAAUUGAAGAUUUUUGGGGCCCUGCUAAGAGACUUCUUGGUGACAUAAGGUUUCUGCAGUCACUCCAUGAAUAUGACAAGGACAACAUUCCACCGGCUUACAUGAACAUCAUAAGAAAGAGUUACAUCCCGAACCCAGACUUUGUUCCAGAAAAGAUCCGAAACGCUUCAACAGCUGCUGAAGGUCUGUGCAAGUGGGUCAUCGCAAUGGAUUCCUACGACAAAGUGGCAAAAAUUGUAGCUCCCAAAAAGAUAAAGCUGGCUGCGGCUGAAGGGGAGCUGAGGAUCGCUAUGGAAGGUCUUCGAAAAAAGCAGUCUGCCUUGAAGGAGGUUCAGGACAAGCUGGCCAAGCUUCAAGACACGCUUGAGAUGAAUAAGCAGAAGAAAGCUGACCUGGAAAACCAGGUUGAUUUGUGCAGCAAGAAGCUGGAGCGAGCAGAGCAGCUGAUCGGGGGCCUGGGUGGCGAGAAAACUCGCUGGAGCAACUCGGCGCUGGAGCUCGGGCAGCUGUACGUCAACCUGACGGGGGACAUCCUCAUCUCCUCAGGGGUUGUUGCCUACCUGGGGGCCUUCACCUCUAACUACAGACAGAACCAGACCAAGGAGUGGUCACAUUCGUGCAAAGAGAGAAACAUCCCCUGCUCGGAUGACUACUCCCUCAUGGGUACCCUGGGAGAGGCGGUCACCAUCCGAGCCUGGAACAUUGCUGGAUUACCCUCUGACUCAUUUUCCAUUGACAAUGGAAUCAUUAUAAUGAAUGCAAGAAGGUGGCCUCUGAUGAUAGACCCUCAAGGUCAGGCUAAUAAGUGGAUCAAGAACAUGGAGAAAACCAACAGUCUUCAGCUCAUUAAACUGAACGACCCCGACUAUGUCAGGACUCUGGAAAACUGUAUCCAGUUUGGAACUCCUGUGUUGCUGGAAAAUGUGGGAGAAGAACUGGACCCGAUUCUGGAGCCCCUUCUGCUGAAGCAGACCUUCAAGCAGGGUGGGAGCGUGUGUAUCCGGCUUGGAGACUCCACCAUCGAGUACGCCCCCGACUUCCGCUUCUACAUCACUACCAAGCUGAGAAACCCACACUAUCUCCCGGAAACAUCAGUGAAGGUCACAUUAUUAAACUUCAUGAUAACUCCAGAGGGAAUGCAGGACCAGCUUUUGGGGAUUGUGGUGGCACGAGAAAGGCCAGACCUCGAAGAAGAAAAGCAAGCCUUAAUACUACAAGGAGCCGAGAACAAAAGGCAGUUAAAGGAAAUAGAAGACAAGAUUUUAGAAGUUCUUUCAUCUUCGGAAGGCAAUAUAUUAGAAGAUGAGACUGCGAUUAAGAUAUUAUCUUCCUCCAAGGCUUUGGCUAAUGAGAUCUCUCAAAAGCAGGAAGUAGCUGAGGAGACAGAGAGAAAGAUUGACAACACCCGCAUGGGCUACCGCCCCAUUGCCAUCCAUUCUUCCAUCCUGUUUUUCUCUAUUGCUGACUUAGCCAACAUCGAGCCCAUGUACCAGUAUUCGCUGACUUGGUUUAUUAACCUUUUCAUUCUGUCCAUUGAAAAUUCAGAGAAAUCAGAAAUCUUAGCCAAAAGGCUUCAGAUUCUCAAGGAUCACUUCACUUACUCACUCUAUGUCAACGUGUGCCGGUCACUCUUUGAAAAGGACAAGAUGCUGUUUUCCUUCUGUCUCACUGUGAACCUGCUGAUACAUGACAAUGAGAUUAACAAGCUAGAGUGGAGAUUUCUGCUCACGGGUGGCAUUGGGCUGGACAACCCUUAUACCAACCCUUGCCCAUGGCUCCCUCAAAAGUCCUGGGAUGAAAUCUGCCGACUAGAUGACUUACCUGCCUUCAAGACCAUUCGGAAAGAGUUUAUGCACUUAAAGGACGGGUGGAAGAAAGUAUAUGACAGUUUGGAGCCGCACCAUGAGCUGUUCCCAGAAGAAUGGGAGAAUAAAGUAGAUGACUUUCAGAGGAUGCUUAUUAUUCGUUGCUUGAGGCCAGACAAGGUUAUUCCGAUGUUGCAGGAAUUCAUAAUCAAGAAGUUGGGGCGCCCUUUCAUUGAACCGCCCCCCUUUGAUCUGUCCAAGGCGUUUGCGGAUAGUAACUGUUGCGCGCCGCUGAUCUUCGUGCUGUCUCCUGGAGCAGAUCCCAUGGCUGCUCUCCUGAAAUUCGCUGAUGACCAGGGCUAUGGGGGCUCAAAACUUAGCUCUCUAUCUCUUGGCCAAGGCCAAGGGCCCAUUGCUAUGAAGAUGUUAGAAAAAGCUGUCAAGGAUGGAACAUGGGUCGUUCUUCAAAAUUGUCACCUUGCCACCUCUUGGAUGCCAACUCUUGAGAAAGUUUGUGAGGAGUUAAGCGCAGAAACAACACACCCGGAUUUCCGAAUCUGGCUAACUAGUUACCCUUCUCCAAACUUCCCUGUGUCCGUGCUGCAGAACGGAGUGAAAAUGACUAACGAAGCACCGAAAGGAUUACGGGCUAAUAUCAUCCGAUCAUACCUCAUGGACCCGAUCUCUGACCCCGAAUUCUUUAACAGCUGCAGAAAGCCUGUGGAAUUCAAGAAACUGCUUUAUGGCCUCUGUUUCUUUCAUGCUUUGGUACAGGAGAGGCGGAAAUUCGGACCCCUGGGGUGGAAUAUUCCUUAUGAAUUCAAUGAGACAGAUCUGAGGAUCAGCGUGCAACAGCUCCACAUGUUCCUGAACCAGUAUGAGGAACUUCCUUACGAUGCUCUACGGUACAUGACCGGGGAAUGCAAUUACGGAGGCCGGGUGACGGACGACUGGGACCGGCGCACGCUGCGCAGCAUUCUGAACAAGUUCUUCUGUACAGAUUUAGUUGAAAAAGCAGACUACCAGUUUGACUCGAGUGGCAUCUACUUCGUCCCUCCUCUUGGCGAUCACAAAAGCUACAUCGAGUACACGAAGACCCUGCCACUGACUCCAUCCCCAGAAAUCUUUGGGAUGAAUGCCAACGCCGACAUCACUAAGGAUCAGUCGGAGACGCAGCUGCUGUUUGAUAACAUUCUCCUUACCCAGUCUCGUUCAUCAGGUUCCGGAGGAAAGUCGUCAGAUGAAGUAGUAAACGAUGUGGCUGGGGACAUCCUGGGUAAACUUCCCAACAACUUUGAUAUUGAGGCUGCCAUGAGGAGAUACCCGACAACCUACACUCAGAGCAUGAACACGGUGCUUGUCCAGGAGAUGGGCCGCUUCAAUAAGUUGCUGAUGACCAUAAGAGAAUCGUGCAUCAAUAUUCAGAAAGCAAUCAAGGGGCUCGUUGUAAUGUCGACGGAGCUGGAAGAAGUCGUCAGCAGCAUUCUGAAUGUCAAAAUUCCAGGGAUGUGGAUGGGUAAAUCCUACCCCAGUCUCAAGCCCCUUGGCAGCUACGUGAAUGACUUCCUUGCAAGACUAAAAUUCCUGCAGCAAUGGUUUGAGACUGGUCCUCCACCAGUCUUCUGGCUUUCUGGCUUCUUCUUCACACAAGCCUUCCUGACCGGUGCACAGCAGAACUAUGCCAGAAAGUUCACGAUUCCAAUUGAUCUUCUUGGGUUUGACUAUGAAGUGAUGGAUGAUAAAGAAUAUAAAAAUGGUCCUGAGGAUGGUGUUUACAUUCAUGGGUUGUUUUUGGAUGGAGCUUCCUGGAACAGAAAGAUCAAGAAACUUGCAGAAUCACAUCCUAAAGUUCUCUAUGAUACAGUCCCCGUGAUGUGGCUAAAACCCUGUAAGAGGUCAGACAUACCCCACCGGCCGAGUUACAUCGCUCCGCUGUAUAAGACAAGCGAGAGGAGGGGCACGCUCUCUACCACCGGUCACUCCACGAAUUUCGUCAUCGCCAUGAUCCUUCCCUCCGACCAACCCAAGGAGCACUGGAUUGGACGGGGUGUGGCGCUGCUGUGUCAGCUGAACUCUUAACCUGCAGGUCUCGCCAUCUCUUCCUACUUGUUAGAUUGAGUAGAACAUAUUUUAUUGUUUACAUUUUGUUUUGGCUUAAUAAAACUUAAUUAACAUUCUUAA